AUGGAUUGUCCUUUAUUGUUAGACAGUGCUUUCGAAUGUGAGAUGAUGGAUAAGAUAUUAAAGGAUGGAGCGCUGGACUGCUCUCAGGAACAUGUCGAGUCCAAUCUCUACAGGGGCAACAGGAGCGGAGAGGUCAGUCUGGGAUCUGCUGAAUCCAACCCCUGUGGCUACAGCCAGCACCUGCAGUUGAAAGAAAUGAACCCAAUGCCUGGAUUGCCUUUUAUGGCCUUUUAUGACUUCCUUAUUCCUUCUACCAAAAUACGGAUAUUCCCUCAGUGCAAAGUGAGCGUGUCAGGCCUGGCUCCUCACUCUCAAUACUCCCUGCUGAUGGACAUCGUUUCUGUGGACAACAUCCGCUACAAAUGGCAGUGCAAGCUGUGGAAAACAGGAAACAGAGCUGAACCCGGUCCUCCCAGGUGCUUCUGCAUCCAUCACGAUUCUCCCAGCUCUGGGGAGGUCUGGAUGGGACAUCCCGUUUCCUUCCACAAAAUCAAACUCACCAACAAUACACUCGAUCGCCACGGACACAUCAUUUUGCAUUCGAUGCACAAGUAUCAGCCCCGGUUUCACAUUGUUGAGACAAAUAACCAGUACAGUCUCUGCUGGAACGGUUUUGCCAUCUUUGUGUUCCCCGAGAAGGUGUUUAUCACAGUUUAUCAAGGUAAGCCAUCCUCCAAGGUUACUCAGCUGAAGAUAGACAAAAACCCCUUUGCUAAGGGUUUCAGGAUAAAUGUCUGCAAGCAGCGAAAGCAGGCAGGUCUGGGGGAGGCUGGGGUGAGCAGGACCAGUCUAGGUUAUGUCAUUCGGCACGAAGCAACAUCUAGCGUUGUUAAUCCUUACCCCAUAAAAACAGAGACCAGGGGAAAGGCCUCCUUCAUACAGAGAAACAGGACUCAGCGUCUACUUGCCAAGGAAGAGACACAGGCACCAGUAACCCACAAGUGA